AUAAGCUGCAACCGAACGGCUGCUGCCAAUUUCUCUCUAAUUGGGCUAAAGCCACCUUCCCGGGCAAGACAACCCUAAUCGCCUGAUCGCCACACUGGGAGCCGAAACGAGAGCCUCUCAAACGGCUUAUGACGGCACUCUGCUUGGGCAGCGGCGGCCUCACCAUUGGAACUUUGUCAGGCCAUUUCUUAUACCCUUCAAAUUAUUCAUCUUUGCAAUGUACUUCGCUGUUUGUUUCUUCUCCGGCGGGGCAAAGAGCCAAGUGGCCUUCGAUUUCCUCUAAUUUCCUCUCAGGAGAGUUCUACCUCUGUAAAAACCCUAGUUUACCGCUGCUUCGCCAUGGUUGGAGGUGCCACCGGCGCAAGCGUGGCGUUUUCUUGGCCAAGACGAAGGAUUUCUACGAAGCUCUCAAUCUCAACAGGGAUGCUACUAUCAAGGAGAUCAAGAGCUCCUACAGAAACCUAGCCCGCAAGUAUCAUCCAGAUAUGAAUAAGAGCCCUGGCGCAGAAGAAAAAUUUAAAGAGAUUAGUGCGGCAUAUGAGGUGCUAUCAGAUGAAGAGAAACGAUUAUUGUAUGAUCAAUUUGGCGAGGCUGGUCUGCAGGGAGAUUAUUCUGGAGCAAAUGCUGGCCCACAAGGGAUCGACCCUUUUGAAGUCUUUAAUGCUUUCUUUGGCCAAUCAAAUGGGCUUUUUGGAGAUGAUAAGGACGAUCCUAUGGGAAUCAGCUUUAACUCGAGGUUUAAGCAAAGAAUGGGACUUGAUAGUCGGUAUGAUAUUUCUUUGAGCUUGGAGGAAUCAAUUUCUGGUGGACAGAGAGAAAUAAACAUAGCAUGUUAUGAUACAUGUGAUAGUUGUAAUGGAAGUGGUGCGAAAUCCAGCAAAUCCAUAAAGACUUGUUCAGAAUGUGAAGGCAGGGGUGGGAUGAUGAAGACCCAAAGAACACCAUUUGGAGUAGUAUCACAGGUAUCUAGUUGUUUAAAUUGUGGUGGUAGUGGGAAGGUCACAACUGAUCAUUGCAAAAUGUGCAACGGUGAGGGCAAAUUACAAAUCAAGCGGAGUGUCAAAGUAGAUAUUCCUGCAGGUGUUGUUGAUGGAUCCACCAUUAUAAUUAAGGGUGAAGGAAGCUCAGAUAAAAAAAGGGGUAUUGUUGGUGAGCUUUAUCUCUUCAUUCACAUCAUCAAGAAACCAGGAAUCAGAAGGGAGGGUCUUAAUUUGUAUUCAGAUAUUAGUAUUGACUAUAUAGAAGCAAUAUUGGGAACUACAAUUAUGGUUGAGACGAUUGAGGGAAGUCGAGACCUCUGCAUUCCUCCUGGGACUCAACCUGGAGAGGUCUUAAAAUUUCCUAAAAUGGGAGUGCCAAAUAUCAAUAAGCCCUCAGUUAGGGGUGAUCACCUUUUUGUUGUCAGAGUUCAAAUCCCAAAAAGGAUCAGUGAGAAGGAGAAGUCUCUAGUUGAACAAUUGGCUUCUCUUAGAAACACCAUGGAGGAUUCUUCAAUUUCUCCAAGUGGGGUGUUUUUGUCUGAUGGCUGGAGAACAAGAAAUCAACAAUCUAAUACUUCAAGAAGGCGUCGAAGAGGCCCUAAUCAAUCAUUUUGGGGUUCUAUCAGGAAUUUGUUUGGUAGUAAAUCGCCGAGCAAUUUUGCUUCCAUAGCCACACAUGCAGUUGUUCCAACUUGGCCUUCUGUUCGAGCUGAACCCACUCUUUCUUUUGCUGUUGGACUUAUUUUAGCAACUUGUAUUUUCUGUGUGAUAGGCAAGAACUAUGGUCGCUGCAGAAAUAGAGUUAUAAAGAAAAAUGAUUGAAGAUUGUAGAUAUAUGGUAUUAUAUCAAUCACCAAUAGUUUCACAUUUUUAUUUUAUAGCUGCUGUAUAAU